AUUCCCACGAAAAAUAAGUAUAGCAAAAUACCAUCAUCUCCGCGUCUCCGACGGUCCGACCCAUCGAUCCACCGCCGCCGCCGCCCAUGGCCUCCGUCGCCCCCGUCGUCUGCGACCUCGUCGACUUCCUCAACGCCUCCCCCACCGCCUUCCACGCCGUCGAUGAGGCGAAGCGGCGGCUGAAGGCGGCGGGGUUCUCGCAGCUGUCGGAGCGGGAGGAGUGGGUGGGGCUCGAGCCCGGCCGCAAGUACUUCUUCACGCGCAACCACUCCACCAUCGUCGCCUUCGCCAUCGGCGCCCAGUAUGUUGCUGGAAAUGGGUUCCAUAUAAUCGGCGCACACACCGACAGUCCCUGCCUGAAGCUCAAGCCCGUGUCCAUGGUAACAAAAGGGGGUUAUCUUGAGGUUGGAGUCCAAACUUACGGAGGUGGCUUGUGGCACACGUGGUUCGAUCGUGAUCUCACUGUUGCUGGUAGGGUGAUUGUACGGGAGAAGAAGGAUGGUGAAGUGUCGUAUGCACAUAAGCUUGUAAGAGUGCAAGAGCCAAUCAUGAGAAUCCCCACUUUGGCUAUUCACCUUGACAGGACUAUCUCCUCUGAAGGUUUCAAGAUUAACAACCAGAGUCAUCUUGUCCCUGUGCUGGCCACAUCUGUUAAGGAUGAAAUGAAUAAAUUAGUGGAAGAAAAUGGUCCAGAGGAGUCAUCUGGAAGUGAGAACAUCAAGCAUCACCCACUAUUAUUGCAGUUCAUCGCUAAAGAGGCAAACUGCAAGCCUGAUGAGAUAUGCGACUUUGAGCUGCAACUGUGUGAUACACAGCCAAGCAUUGUUGCAGGUGCUAUGAAAGAGUUCAUCUUUUCAGGAAGGCUUGACAAUCUUUGCAUGUCAUUUUGUUCAUUGAAGGCCCUAAUAGACUCAACUUCUGAAGACUCUCUUGCUCAUGAAUCUGGUGUGAGAAUGGUGGCUCUAUUUGACCAUGAGGAGGUUGGAUCUGAUUCAGCUCAGGGAGCUGGUUCUCCAGCCAUGUUAGAUGCUUUGUCAAGAAUUACAGGGUCUUUUAACUCUUCGAAUGCAAGGUUGCUAGAAAAGGCUAUUCAAAGAAGCUUUUUAGUAUCUGCAGAUAUGGCACAUGCCUUACACCCCAAUUAUAUGGACAAGCAUGAGGAGAAUCACCAGCCAAAAUUACAUGGUGGACUUGUGAUUAAACAUAACGCUAACCAACGAUAUGCAACAAAUGCUGUGACGGCAUUUAUUUUUAGGGAAAUUGCUGAGAAUCACCAUCUACCUGUACAGGAUUUCGUUGUUCGGAACGACAUGGGUUGCGGUUCAACAAUCGGCCCAAUACUAGCCAGCGGUGUUGGUAUUCGAACUGUGGAUAUCGGAGCACCACAACUUUCCAUGCACAGCAUCAGGGAAAUGUGCGCUGUCGAUGAUGUCAGUCACUCGUAUGAACAUUUCAAGGCAUAUUUCGAAGAGUUCACUGAAUUGGACAGCAAAGUUAGAGUAGAUUGCUAAGAUGAAGUAGGGAACCAUCCUGGGUCAGCCCACUGGUGGUGUUGCUGUGACAUAAUGCUGCAUUGUUUGACAGCAACAACUAAUGCAAAAUAAAUGAAAAAUAAAUUGGGUUAAACUAUUAUAGUAGGAACCAUAUGGAGAUUUUUUUUUGGUUUAUGACUAGUUUAAAUUAUCAAAUUUUUAAGUGCCGUCGGAACCUGAUGUAUUUUGCUCGCCCGUAGAAUUCUGUCGUAGUGGUCCCAAGGUUAACUUGCAAGCUAAAAAUCGUGUGUGUUCA